CAUUGGUCCGUUUGCUUACAAAUUUUCGACGCAAAAGACCCGUGACAUGGCUCUACGGUUGCUAUAUAAGAAGCUCAUUAGAUUUAAGGGUUUCACGACAGAGUUGAGAACUUGAGAGAGAGAAAGAGGGUAAAAAUAAACAAAAGAAAAGACAGAAAUGGGUAAGAACAACACCAAAAUCCUCAUCACAGCUCUUGCGAUGAUUGUAACCGCUUCAAUGAUGAUUGAAGAAGCUAAGAGCGUUCGCAUAUGUAACGUCGGCACAAAGGACUUGAAGAAAUGCCGUCCAGCUGUCACUGGAAACAACCCACCACCUCCCACUCCCCAAUGCUGCCAGGUGGCCAAAGCCGCUAAUCUUGAAUGUCUCUGCCCGUUCCUCUCCAGGUCCGGGAUUGACCCAUCAAAAAUCAAGGCUCUAGGAGCCAAUUGUGGCAUUACCAAAAAUCCCUCCUGUUUGCCAUGGUUAUACUCAAAAAUUGAAGAACUGAGCUGGAAUACAUGCGUACCCGUCGCAAGAUUAAGUCUUUAAGUUAUAAUAUGUCUCUUGUUGUUCUAUUUGAAUAAACCACCAGAUUUUGCUAUUAUUUUCAGUCACCUUUUCUAAAAAAAAAAGAACCGUAUUCUAUGUAUUAAUGAAAAACAAUAAAGUACUGCUUUUGGCUUA